AGCGAAGUGUUUGGCUAUACUUUUCGGGAAAAACCAGUAAAGGAGUAUCCGUGGCGUGAUUGAAUAUCGGAGGGUUUCUCUCUCUCGAGCCAAAACCAUGGCAAAGAAACAACUGGUCGUUGCGGUUGAAGGGACUGCGGCUUUGGGUCCCUUCUGGCACUCUAUUUCCACAUCUUACUUGGAAGACAUUGUCAGGAGUUUUUGUGGUAAUGAGUUGACAGGGCAGAAGCCAUCUGCCUCUAGUGUUGAGCUUUCUCUGGUCAUGUUUAAUGCUCAUGGAUCUUACAGCGCUUGCCUAGUACAGCGGAGUGGAUGGACACGAGAUGUUGAUAUUUUCCUUCAGUGGCUAUCUGCUAUACCAUUUGCUGGUGGUGGUUUCAAUGAUGCUGCAAUUGCGGAAGGACUUUCUGAAGCUUUGAUGAUGUUCUCUAUUCUGAAUGGAAGCCAGACUCAACAAAAUGUAGAUGGGCAAAGGCAUUGCAUUCUUGUGGCUGCAAGUAACCCUUAUCCAUUGCCAACACCAGUUUAUCGACCACAAAUGCAGAACUUGGAGCAGAGUGAAAAUGUUGAGACUCAAACAGAAAGUCGUCUUUCUGAUGCUGAGACAGUUGCUAAAUCAUUUUCUCAAUGUUCUAUUUCUCUGUCAGUAAUAUGUCCAAAGCAGCUUCCGAAACUUAGAGCAAUCUACAAUUCGGGAAAACGCAAUGCUCGUGCAGCAGAUCUACCUGUUGAUAAUGUCAAAAAUCCUCAUUUUCUUGUUCUAAUUUCAGAGAAUUUCAUCGAGGCUCGUGCUGCUUUAAGUCGGCCUGGAGUUACAAGUUUGGCACCAAAUCAGAGUCCUGUAAAGAUGGAUAUAGCUUCAAUUCCUCCUGCUUCAGCGCCACCUUCAACUUCUAUACCAUCAGUAAAUGGUUCUAUCAUGAACCGGCAACCAAUUCCAGUUGGAAACAUCCCCCCUGCAACUGUAAAAGUUGAGCCAAACACUGUGACCCCCAUGGUAUCUGGACCUUCUUUUCCACAUAUUUCUUCUGUUCCUCGUGCAACUUCUCAAGGAGUCCCCAGCUUGCAAACUUCUUCACCAAUGUCUGCUUCUCAGGAGAUGAUCUCAAAUAAUGACAAUGUGCAAGAUCUAAAACCUAUAGUUAGUGGUUUAUCACAGCCCUUGCGUCCUGUAGGACCUGCUGCAGCAAAUGUCAGCAUUCUGAACAAUCUCUCUCAAGCACGGCAAGUGAUGAACUCUGCACUAAGUGGGGGAACUUCUAUUGGACUUCAAUCAAUGGGUGGAAAUUCUAUGGCCAUGCAUAUGUCAAACAUGAUAUCCAGUGGCAUGGCAUCUUCUGUGCCUGCCGCUCAAACUGUAUUAUCAUCUGGGCAAUCAGGUAUCACAUCAGUUGGUGGAUCAGGGAUGCUAGCAGGGACUGCACAGGUCGCACAAAAUACAGCUCCUGGUUCAUUCACUUCCGCAACUUCUAAUAUGUCUGGGAAUUCAAACCUUGGAAUGUCACAACCACUGAGUAAUCUUCAAGGAGGUGUUAGUAUGGGUCAAUCAGUACCUGGCAUGAGCCAAGGAAACCUUGCAGCAGCCCAGAUGGUACAGAGUGGAAUUGGCAUGAACCAGAACAUAAUGAGUGGCCUUGGUGCAUCUGGUAUGUCUUCUGGAACUGGCACCAUGAUUCCUACUCCUGGAAUGAAUCAACAAGUGCAACAAGGAAUGCAAUCUCUUGGUGGGAAUAAUAACUCUGCAGCUAACAUGCCCAUGUCCCAACAGACGUCAAGUUCACUGCAGUCAGCACAAUCGAAAUAUGUAAAAGUUUGGGAGGGAAACUUAUCUGGGCAGAGACAAGGUCAGCCCGUGUUUAUCACCAGACUGGAGGGUUACAGGAGUGCAUCGGCCUCUGAAACGCUUGCAGCAAAUUGGCCACCAACAAUGCAGAUUGUUCGGCUUAUAUCUCAGGACCACAUGAAUAAUAAGCAGUAUGUAGGGAAGGCAGAUUUUCUGGUUUUUCGGGCAAUGAAUCAACAUGGGUUUCUUGGACAGCUGCAAGAAAAGAAGCUUUGUGCAGUAAUACAGUUACCGUCACAGACAUUGCUGCUAUCUGUUUCUGAUAAAGCCUGCCGCUUGAUUGGAAUGCUUUUCCCAGGGGAUAUGGUCGUGUUUAAGCCACAAAUAUCCAAUCAGCAACAACAGCAGCAGUUGCAACAGCAGCAACAACAGCAACUUCAACCACAACAGCUCCCGCAGCUGCAACAGCCGCUUCCGCAGCUACAGCAACAACAGCAGCUUCCACAGAUGCAACAGUUGCAGCAACAGCAACAGCUGCAGCAGCAGCAACAGCAUCCUCAGAUGCAGCAGCAGCAACAACAACAGCAACCGCUUUCCCAGCUGCAGCAACAGCAACAGCAACCGCUUUCCCAGCUGCAGCAACAGCAACAAAUGCCGCAACUGCAGCAGCAACAACAGCAGCAACAAUUGGUUGGGACAGGAAUGGGUCAAACUUAUGUUCAAGGUCCAAGCCGGUCGCAGUUAGUAUCUCAGGGACAAGUUUCAACACAAGUGCCACCAAGCAUGUCUGGAGGGAGUUUUCUAAAUUAACAAACUCAGAGAGAAGACUAGCAGUUUGCAUAUAAACAGCUACACCUGUUAACCAAAAGUCACUUUAUCCUGAUUGCAUGUGUUUUUUGAUUGAAAAGUAGAGAUUGGAGAGAUAAAGUAGAAUAACAUUUGAUCAAUUUCUGAUUUAGUUCUGGAAUGUAGAUAUAGUAGAAUAACAUUUGAUCACGAGGAUAGGGACUGGGUUGCUGCGAUUCUGCUUCCUUGUUGAUUGUGUUGUAUUGAAGACAAUGAAACUGUUACCAGGAAUUGUUACGAAUCAUUAUGGCUCCGGAGAACAAACCACCACCAUCACGACAAUCGUUCACAGCCCCACCACCACCGUAGUCAUGGUGGUUGCCUAAAUUCCAGCCUCAAGGGCCACCAUCUGAGCGCCACCAUCACCAUCCUCAAUCCCACCACAAUCAUUCACACCCCCACCACCACCGUGAGUCCAUCAUUCACCAUCCGGGAUGGUAGUGAUGGUUGUGCAACAGGGAUGGUGGUUGGGGAUGUGAGAGAGGAGAGAGAGAGUUAUGGCGGUGGCCAUGGUGGGGAGGAGGCAGCGUGGUUGGAACUCCGGAGUCCAUAAUUGUUGCAAAAAUUGCUUGCUUGGUCGAUUUCUCCUAAUUUGUGGAAUCAACAGUUGUGCGAUAGAGUAAGCAAGAAAUUGCUUGCGUGGUAGUGGCUACAGUGGGAGGAGGUGGCAGUGGUGGUGGCAGUGGUGGGAGGAGCGGCCUCUGUGGAGGCGAUGGUGAAUGGGUGAUACAAUAAUUUUGGGAUUUUUUUAUUUAUUAUUAUAUAAAGACGCUACGGUGGAAAAAAAAAAUUUCACCAGGGCACAAUGUAAUAUUGUACACUACAAGACAAAUUUACAAUAUAAUUUACAUAAUAUAAGACAAUGUUUAGGAGUA